CUACCCGCUUGAACAGCGUCGACAUCCCGCAAUUCCUGCGUAUGAUACCGGUCAUUCACAAACAGCAACACAGCGACAGAAGAGUUGCUAUCAUGUCAGACAAGAAACAGACCGUGGACCUGGGUUUGCUGGAGGAAGAUGAUGAGUUUGAAGAAUUCCCAGCCGAGGACUGGACGGGGCUGGAUGAAGAUGAAGAUGCUCAUGUUUGGGAAGACAACUGGGAUGAUGACAACGUAGAAGAUGAUUUCUCAAAUCAACUGAGAGCGGAGCUGGAAAAACAUGGUUACAAAAUGGAGACGUCAUAGCAGCUGACAAGGCCUUUCAAUAUGCUAUGACAUUGGAUAUGGACAUUUAUAUUUGAUUAUCACUGGUUGACCACACAACAACGGAAGAGAUUUGAGGAUGUUCAUUUGUUUCUUUUAUAUGUAAGAAAUACUGAUGAAAGUGUUGAGUAAUUCCUUUGAGCAUUUGUACCCCCCAACUGUACUGCAUCUGUUCAGACAUUGACAUCUACAGAUAAUAAACUUGCUGAUGUUUACACAAUA